AUGAGUACCCAUCCAGAACCAUUGGAUAGGCCCGUAACAACAUCAUCAACUGAUUUGGUGAAUCUGGGAGCUCAGCUGAACGAAGUUCUCAACCAAUUUAAUGAGCUAAGCGUUGAAAUGAUGGCCCAACGGCGCGCGAUCGACCAAUUGGUCACUGGUGGUGCUAGCGGUGAGCAACGACAUGAGCCCUUACCCCCUGGCCAAUCUGAACCUCAACCAAUAUUCUUACCUUAUACUCAAGCUCUUGUUACUUCACAUGUCAUAAAUCCACCUGAAGAGGCCUUUACCUAUCCCACUCAUGGCCCACCACUUACUUAUGCACCUAACAUCCAAAUUAACCCUUCUCAUGCCCAAAUUCCCCAGAAUUAUCCGCCAAUCACUAUGAGCACGCCAUUUGAACCUCAAGGACCACAUUAUUACUCCACCGCUGAGCCAUUCACCUUAGAUACCACCGCACAAGGAAAAGCUGAAGUUGGGGAAUCAUCCGCGCCAGUGGAUAAGAACUUGCUAAAGAGAUUGGAUCGGUUUGAAGAGUUCAUAAGGAAAAACCAAGGUUUGAACAAGCAAGGAGGUUUGGAAUACAACGAGCUGUGCCUGUUUCCGAAUAUGCAAUUGCCAGUGGGUUUCAAAGCACCCAAAUUUAGCAAGUAUGAUGGAACUGGCAAUCCCAAAACACACCUUCGAAUGUUUGCAAACAAGCUAGGGAAGCCGAUAGAUGAUGAGAAUCUACCUAUGCGCUUAUUUCCCGAGAGUCUAGAAGGCGACGCGUUGGAUUGGUAUUCCAAUUUGAAACCUGAGGAUAUGAGAUCUUGGAUGGAUUUGUCAACUGCUUUUAUGAGGCAGUACGAAUAUAUUUGCGAGCUUGCUCCAACGAGAACCACAUUGGAGGGGACUAAGAGGAAACCAUCGGAGGACCACAAGACGUAUGCAAGGAGAUGGAGAAAAUUGGCUGCCAAAGUAGAGCCUCCCAUGACUGAAAAUGAGAUUGUUCGUACGUUCAUCAAAGCUCAUGACCCGCCGUAUUUUGAGGAAAUUUUUCGAAUGACUGGGUGUUCCUUUGCCAAAAUUGUCAAUAAAUUGGAAGAAUUUGAUGAGUUUGUGAAGGCCGGAAAAAUUGUUAAUGUGUCAACAUUGAAGAUGCAACUAGAGGCUCUGCAAGGCCAGAAUAACAGUGGGAAGAAAUCCCAAUUUAAGGGAAAAGAAGAGGAAAUUGCUUUUGUUGGGGAUCAGGGCCUCUCGGCCAGACCUAGAUUUUCAAACCGCCUUGUUUAUUCAUCACCCUAUCCAUACUCCCGUCCUAUCCGCCGUACUACCAGUAACCAUUCUCAACCUCGACCAAAUUACCCAAAUGUACUCGCACCACCCUUUCAAAAUCCUCAACCAAAUCUCCAAACUAGACCUCGCCCUCCUUUUAACCCAAGACCUAUUCCAUCCCCUAAUCCAAAUUACUCCUACCAACAAACCAGUGACACCCAAAAUUCAACGCCAUACCGAACCUUCACCAAUCUAGGUCAGCCUGUUGACCAAUUAUAUGAGCAAUUGAAAGCUGCCAGGAAAAUUGGUGUUAUACCUCCUAAGAUCUAUUCUAAGCGCUUUCCCUCUGACUAUGACCCUCAAGCAGUCUGCGCUUAUCAUUCUGGAGCUUCCGGGCACUCCACCAAUAAUUGUCGGGCAUUGAAACAUAAAAUCCAGGAUAUGAUCGAAUUCGGAGAAAUAGUGCUAAGGAAAAAGGGUGAACAAGGUCCGAGCACAAGCACAAAUCCCUUUCCCGAAUACAAGGACGUCUUUGAGGCAUCCACCCCCAAUGAAGAAAUUUGA